UAGCUAUAGAACUCAAAGUGUACUUAUUUGCAAGAUAUGAAAGCAUCUCAUAAACUUGAAGAAUAAAAGAUGCAACUUUACAAGGUCAUGAAUAAGAUAUAGUUGAUAUAAGAGAGCAGAUACAUAAAGCUCAAUUCACUCAAUAUCACAUUACAUGAUAAAGAUUCAAUUUCCGAGGAUGGCAGAUACAAAUAACAUAGUGAAGUGUCCAUAUCCUGAUGUCACAAUUCCUGAAAAUCAGUCACUUGUUGAAAGAGUCUUUCAGAGAGUAAAGGAGUUUCCUGAACAUAUAGCUUUGGUAGAUGGAAUAUCAGGUACAAAGUAUACAUACAAUGAACUUGUUGAAGCAAUCCAACGAGUUGGAAGUGGCCUAACAAAACUUGGAUUCAAGAAAAAGGAUGUUCUGUGUCUCUAUAGCCCCAACUGUCCAGAAUGGGUUAUCACAUACUUUGCUGUUAUAGCCAUCGGAGGAAUUGCCACUACAGCAAAUCCAUUAUACACAGCAGGAGAGAUUCAACAUCAGAUGGAAGAUGCUGGAGCAACGUAUAUUGCAACUGUAGCUGAGUUCUUGCCUAAGGUCCAAGAGGCUGCAACAAAGUACACUGAACUUAAGAAAGUCAUAGUAUUUGGUAAUGGUAAUACCCAAGGCAGUAUAAGCUUUAAUCUCCUCAUGGAAGACAAAGGUGAUGCUUUCAAAGCAGCAAAAGUAAAUGCAAAGGAAGACAUUGCUGCUCUUCCAUACUCGAGUGGUACUACUGGGCUACCAAAAGGUGUUAUGCUCACACAUUUCAACCUAGUUGCAAACAUACAACAAUUUUGCUCACCAUAUUUCCUCAGCAGUCAUAUAGGAGACUGCUAUAUUGCAGUACUGCCAUUCUAUCACAUCUAUGGACAAAUUAAUGUCUUAGCUGGGGGACUCUGUGAUGGCGCAACUAUUGUUACAAUGCCAAGAUUUGAGCCUGAGUUAUACCUUCAUGCAAUACAACAAUACAAGGCAACAAGACUCUUUGUAGUUCCACCCAUGGCUUUAUUCCUGGCAAAGGACCCCCGCAUGGAUAAAUAUGAACUCUCUAGUGUAAAGGAAAUAUUCUGUGGGGCUGCCCCAUUGAGUAAGGAACUGCAGGAGGAAGUUACAGCAAGAUUAAAAUGCAAACUUAGACAAGGCUAUGGAAUGACUGAGCUAUCUCCAACAAGCCAUAUUUCUCCUAAGAUAGGCUGGAAAUAUGGGGCAGCAGGAAUAUGUGUACCAAACACAGAAAGUAAAGUUAUUGACUUAGACACUGGUGUUGCACUUGGUCCACAUAUGGAUGGUGAGGUGUGUGUAAGAGGCCCACAAGUUAUGAAGGGAUAUCUGAACAAUUAUGAGGCAACUGCUAACACAAUUGACGAAGAAGGUUGGCUGCAUACAGGUGAUAUAGGACACUAUGAUCACAAUGGACACUUCUAUGUGGUAGAUCGCCUCAAGGAACUUGUGAAAUACAAAGGAUUUCAGGUUGCACCAGCAGAGUUAGAAGGUUUGUUGUUAACACAUCCAGAUAUUGCUGAUUCUGCAGUCAUAGGUGUUCCAGACAUUGUAGCUGGGGAACUGCCUAAAGCAUUUAUUGUAAAGAAACCAGGUGCAACUAUAACAGGAGAACAGAUUUGUAAAUUUGUUGAAGGAUUGGUUGCUCCACAUAAAAAGCUAAGAGGUGGUGUAGAAUUCUGUCAAGAAAUACCAAAAUCACCAAGUGGGAAAAUUCUUCGAAGAAUCUUGAGACAAAUAAUUAAGGACAGGCUGAAAUCAAAACUAUAAAUGAAAUAAAGGAUUGGUUGCUCCACACAAAGAGCAAGAGGUGGUGUAGAGUUUUAAAAAAACUGACAAGGGACAAGUUGAAAUCAAAAUAUGAACAAUGUUGUGAUGUUCUUGGAUAUAUACCAUAAUUACCUACGUCACAAUUAUAUUGUUUCAAGGCCUAGACUAUGCCACAACAACAAUGUAUAACAUUAGUUUAAAUAGUUUCAUUAGUUUACCUCCAUCCUUGAGCAGAAUAUCAAGAAAGGUUAACAUAUUCAAGUUUGCCAAUAUUAUGAUGAUUUGGGUACUCUGGAAUUAUUAUAACGGAAUGAAUAUAAAUUAUAAGAGCAUGACUGGCUAAAGAAAAAGAUUUGAGACAAAAUGGCUUUUCAGAUGUAUCCAGUACAAUGUAUGCUGUAAGGCAAAUCAGUUCAAGAUUGGCAUACCAAUAGAAAUCCCUUAAAAUUGGAUAUGAAAUUAGAAA